AUGAAGUGGGCUUACAAAGAGGAGAACAACUUCGAAAAGCGUCGUGCCGAGGGCGACAAGAUCCGUAGAAAGUACCCGGACCGCAUCCCGGUCAUCGUCGAGAAGGCCCCGAAAUCGCGUCUCCGUGAUCUCGACAAGAAGAAGUACUUGGUGCCAUCGGACCUCACCGUCGGACAGUUCUACUUCCUGAUCCGCAAGCGCAUCCAGCUCCGCCCGGAGGACGCGCUCUUCUUCUUUGUCAACAACGUCAUCCCGCAAACGAUGACCACUAUGGGACAGCUCUACCAGGUAACCAGUCCAAUUACCCGUUGCAAGUCACUAAUUGCCCCCUUUCCUUCAGGACCAUCACGAGGAGGACCUAUUCCUGUACAUCGCCUACAGCGACGAGAGCGUGUACGGAGGAGACGUCGAGAAGAAGGAAUAA